UUUUCUGUGACCGCACGAUUGUGACGUGUUUACCGUGGAAUAGAUUAAAUGAUAAUGAUUUGGUUUUGGCCCAAAAAAUUCAAUUGCCGGAACGUCUGUCGUGAGUCGUGAAAGGUUAUUGUGUUCUAAGGUCAAGGUUUUUCUUCUUAUGACCUCAUGAUUGACUAAUUUUCGUACGUGGUAAAAGUAGUAUGGAAAGUAUUAACGACGAUAAAAUACAGAAGACACUCGUGACACCGGGCAUUGGUGGUCAGCCUACUUUCUCCAACGGAACAAAAGUAUCGUUUCAUUUUGUAACGCGAAUUGUUGGCAGUAACAUUGUGGUAGACGAUAGUUACAAAUGGCCCAAGCACAUGGAAAUCGUUUUGGGAAAAAAAUUCAAAUUAGAAGUCUGGGAAACUAUUUUAAAGUCAAUGCGUGAAGGAGAAAUUUCAAAAUUUAUUGUUCAUAAAAGUUUGGUAGCGUCUUAUCCGUUCAUUUCCAAGACGUUGCGGGAUGCUGGUCGCACGUCAAUUCCCAGCACGAGUCAUUGUUGCACAGCACAACUUCAAAAAAACGGCACCGGUUAUGAUGACCUCAACGAUUUACUAGCAGAUCCAGCGGAUUUGGAAUUCACUAUAGAUUUAUUGAAGAUCGAGGUUCCUGGUUCAUUCGAAAAGGAAACUUGGCUACUGGAUGAAAAUGAAAAACGAAACACAAUACCCGAACUCAAAGAAGCUGGUAACGAAUUAUACCACAAAGGUAAAUACAAAGAAGCUGAAGAAAAAUACAUGUUGGCUCUCGGAUUCUUGGAACAAAUCAUGAUGAAACUCAAACCGCGUGAAAAAGAAUGGGACGAAUUGAACAAAAUAAAGACUCCACUGUUAUUAAAUUUGGCUCAAUGCAAGCUUAUUUCUAAGGAUUAUUACCAAGUCAUAGAACACUGUACAUCAAUUUUAGAAGACGAUCCUGAUAACGUCAAAGCAUUAUUCAGACGUGGAAAAGCAAAUAUAUCCGUGUGGAAAAUGAACGAAGCCAGAGAAGAUUUAAAACAUCUUUCGACUCUGGAUCCUAGUAUGCAAGUUUCGGUCAACCGAUUACUUUGUCAAAUUAACGAAGCAUUGAAGAUAAAAGACGACGAAGAUAGACAAAAAUUAAGAGGAAAGCUUUUCUGAAAAACCGUUUUUCAUUUUAAUUAUUAAAUUAUGAUAUUAAUGUUAUGAAAAUAUAUUAUUUCGGUUUUCUUUUAAAACGACGCGUGAUUCAUGAAUUUAUUAUUCAUGUUUUAGGUAGGUAAUCAUUUAUGCAUAAUAUAAAAAAUAUAUAAACCCUUUAUUUUUCAAACUGUUAUUACUCACUAUUGAAAGUUAAUAGUUUUACAUGAGGUUAUCUAUAUUAUUAUACAAUGACCUUUUAUAAUUAUUUAAAAUACCAGUUACUUCAAUGUAUUUUUUUUUUAAUCUACAAACAUCAAAUAUGAAACAAUCUAUACAUCGUUUAAGAUAAUGUCAGUUUAACAUUUGUUAUUUCCAUGGUCAAUUUGUAGCGAAAUUUAUUUUUGCAUUUCUUAAUUUUUAGUCAAACUGUUUAAAUUUAGUAGGUACCUAAACAUAACCUAUAAGAAAAUUUAUAAAGAAAGUAUUUAAAUCUAAAGCCGUAUGUAAGUUUUAAUUAAUGUUUUAUUUUUCAAAUAUAAUCAACCAAAAUAAGGAAUACUGAUAAUUUUUUUUAUAUUUUAUUAAUUACAGAAAACUUUUAUAGUAUAUGCAGAUCAACUGCAUUUACAUUUUCUUACUAAAAGGUUUAAAAGGGUAUGAUGCUUACCUUUUGUAAGAAGUUAGACUUCAAAAUUAGAAAUAUGAAAAACAGUUUUGUUUUAGUCUCUGUAACAUACUUUAAUAAACUAUAAAAAAGGAUAAAAAAUAUCUUGAAGGAGAUAAUAGAAGUUUUACUUACAUCUUCUCUAUAUUACAAGAGUAUCUAUAGAGGAAAAGGAAAUGUAUUUUAUUAUAGAUUUCAUUUUAUUAUAUUAUAUAUUUAUUUAGGAUUUUAACACAAAAUCUAAUUACAAAAUCUAUAUUUUAAAUUUUAAAUACCAAAGAGCAGUCGGCUAUAGAAACCUGAGUAAACUCAAUAUACGACUGAAUAGUGAUGUAUUAUAGGUGUAUUUUUAUUUCCAUUUCGUCUGAUUUAUUAUUCGAUAAGCCCUUAGAGUGCUAAUAUAUUAAAUUGUGUAUUUUUUCAGAUAUAUUUGAUGCGAACAUUUUCUGAAACACUUAAAUAUGUCAAUUCCAAUUGUUAAUGAUAUAUAUUUCUAUACAAUUUAUAUUUAUGAUUUUAACAUGAAUGAAAAGUGAUAAUCAAAUUAUAAUAAUGAUGUAUUUGUAAGUUAACUAUACCUAUCUAUACUUAUCAUUAAUUUAAUUUUAGAACAGUAAAUAUUACUAAACCUCGACAUAUAU